AUGGAGGCCACCAAGAAAAUUUCGAACGCCGUGGCAAAUAGUAACAACAACAUAUGUAGUAUAUCCCCACAAGAUAUACUGAAAGCUGUGACGAAUAUCAACAAUAACAUACCUAAUAUAAUCCCACAAGAUAUACAGAAAGCUGUGGCGAAUUAUACAGAAAAAUCAGGAACAGAAAGUACUGUUACAUCUGAGAAUCAAUUGGAAAUACCCUUGUUAGAAGAUGAACAAAUUGUUGAAAAACCAAAGAAAACACCAGCACAAAAGGUUAUUAGAAAAACAUUCAAGAAAACAGCUCUUUUAUCUAAUCUUUUGCCUUCGGGUUCUGUUCUUGCAUUUCAAAUAUUGUCACCAGUUGUAACACAUGAAGGACAAUGUCUUUCCUCAAUUAGUCAUUCAAUGACAUUAUUCCUUUUAGGAAUUUGCGGGAUUUCGUGUUUCUGCUUAUGUUUUACGGACAGUUUUCGUGAUGAAAGGGGCAAAGUACGUUAUGGAUUGGCAACAUUCAGGGGCUUGUGGACUAUUGAUGGCUCGUGUCCUCCUGAGGAUGCCGAAAAAUACAAGCUGAAAUUCCUGGAUUUCUUUCAUGCACUUUUGUCAAUACUUUGUUUUGGUGCUGUUGCAGCGUUUGAUCAGAAUGUGCUGAAAUGUUUGUAUCCUUCUCCAUCUCCAGAUGCUCAAGAGAUCCUCGCAAUGUUGCCAAUGGCUGUUGGCUUGGUCUGCACGUUGAUGUUCGUUGCAUUUCCUACCACUCGCCAUGGAAUUGGCUUCCCUCUUUCGCGUUGUUAGACUUAUAUUUCUU